GAAGCAACUCGAUCUUCAAGACUGCGAAUUAUCGGCUGGGACGAUGGAUGCGUUUUUUGAAAAGCUCGUCAAGCGAGAAUCGCCAAUUCACAGGAUAUCCCUAGAUUAUGUUACAGGCAUAACUGACACGACACUGCAGUAUAUCAACGCAUUACCGAGACUCAAAGAAGUGUCUUUUUGGUGUCUGGCUGAUAUUACAAAUGAUGGGAUACAACUGCUUCGCGACAACAGGCGGAUCAGCAAGUUAGUCGUGUGUGAGUGUGAACAAUGUGAACAAGUUACACUUGAAUAAAGCUUUAGACACUCUAUACGAUUUGAAACUCCUUAUAAGACUUUCACAGAUUUUUGGUUUUCCCUCUCCCGCGACACUCCUGACGUUACUUUUUCUCUUUAUUGAAAUGUCUCGACGAGAGCGUGAUUCAAGAAGGUCGGAGCGAUCGGAACGAUCGUCUAGUAACAUUGGCAAAGACGGCGCGGAAAAGUACAAGGGUCUUUUUUCUGCCAACGAUUGGAAAUGCGAUCUGUGCGGAAAUAUUAACUGGGCUCGACGCAAUACGUGCAACCAAUGUUCAGCAGCACAGCCAGGAACCGAGUCAAAGCAAUCUCGGCGUGAAGGUGCCGGAGGCGGCUAUAUGGAACGAGACCAUGUUGUGGAAUAUCGGCGUUCUCGAAAGGAUGAAGAUGAUGAGUGGGACGAGUUUGGCAGGAAAAAGAAGCGCAAAUCCAGCAGCGGCGAGAGCAGCAGCAACAACAACAUGAGACCUGCGGUAGUCAUAGAAGAAGAAAAGGAAAAAGACAAUGAUAAUGGUGGAAAAUACGAUAACGAUGAGGAUGAGGAUGACGACGAAGAAGGGGAUGAUAGUCGGUGGAGUGCAUGGGAUGAUUUGCUGUCGGACAAGGAGCAAGAAAAAGAAAAAGAUGGCCAUAAUAGCAAGAGCGCCAAGAAUCAAAGUGUGUCAAAAAGGAGAAGCCGGUCGCGUAGUCCUGAGCGACGGCGGGAACGGCGGCGACACGAAGAACGCUCACGAUCACCGCCGCCACACCAUCACGACCGCCGAGAAGGGUCGUACAACAGGAAUCGGUCAUCGCAUCGUGACCACCACCGGCAUCGCAAUUAUGACAGACGGCACUAAACAAAACAGCAGAGCGCCUUUUGUGGCCUGGCUCGGGAGAACCGGACUGCAUGAAACUUUUUUUUCUCUCUUCUGUUCUGUUGCUUUUUGUGGUCAGCUUACUUAUAAAUAAAGAGUCGACAUCCUCCGAUUUUCCUGAAUUCUCUUUCUCCUCUUCUUCUCACUUUUCAACUCGUUUCAAACAUGGCUUUAACCUGCAGGUAACACUCUCACUUCUGAUACGCGGCAAGCUAAGGCUCAUCGCUGACAACAACUGUUUCUUGUGUCCUUUUGUCUCUAGCGAUAUUUGUAAAUUCAUCUUGGCUGUCGUCCUUCCACCUUUGGGUGUC